AUGCUUACUACUUCCGUUCCGCCCCCGCCUUUCUCCCGUCUUCCGCCCCUUCCCACCUUCCCCCCUUCCAUCUCUCCUGAACCCCUCACCCCUACUUUAGCGGCACAGAAGCAAGUCGCGGAACUCUGCUUGUCCCAGCAUGAAAUCGCCGCACGCGCCGAACCGCAUCGGACCUUUCCGUUUGACCGCGUCGCGCACGCGGAGUUCCUCGCCGGCGCGCUCGAGAAGUAUCCCUGGCAGUUCCAGGUCCAGGAUGCCAGUCGUCCCUGGUUGGUAUACUGGGCCGUUGCGGGACUGAGCGCUUUGGGAGAGGAGCUUGAAGAUGUGGAGGACUGGCGGGACGGGCUCGUUGCCACUUUCAAGCCCUGCCAAAACCUGGAUGGUGGGUUCGGCGGUGGAUAUGGCCAGCUGUCGCAUCUUGCAACCUCGUAUGCUGCGGUGCUGUCCUUGAUUGCAUCGGAAAAGGAGGAGUGCUAUCGAAUGAUCGAUACGAGAGCUAUGUGGCAUUAUCUCGGCCGUAUGAAGCAGCCCCAUGGUCCGUUUACCAUGUGUGCUGGCGGCGAGGUUGAUGUGAGGGGAGCAUUCUGCGCGUUGGUCAUUAUCUCCCUACUAGGCCUACCUCUGGAGCUGCCACAAGAUGCUCCAGCACGGAAGAGCGGGUGUGACAACUUCCUAACAAACCUAGGGGAAUGGAUUGGGAAAUGUCAAACAUACGAGGGAGGCUUAGGAUCCUCUCCUGGAAACGAAGCACAUGGUGCCUACACGUUUUGUGGCCUUGGAAGCCUGUGUAUCAUGGGGACGCCCAGUAAGACAGUGAAGAAAUUCCUCGACGUUGACCUCAUCACCAAAUGGCUAUCGGCCCGGCAAUACGCCCCCGAAGGUGGCAUGGCUGGCCGCACCAACAAGUUGGUUGACGGUUGCUACAGCCACUGGAUCGGUGGGUGCUGGCCGCUUAUGGACGCGGCCAUGCAAGAUGAGUCCCCAAACUCGUCAAAACGGGACUACUGGAGUCGCGAGGGACUGCUCCGGUAUAUCUUCAACUGUUGCCAAGAGGACGGCGGCGGCUUAAGGGAUAAGCCGGGAAAGCGUGCGGAUGCAUAUCACACGAAUUACAACAUUGCGGGACUAUCGUGGGUGCAAAACAAGUAUUCGUUCAGUGAACCGAAGGAUGGAGAGGGUGUAGCAUCAGGACUGGCUCCGGCACACGGUUGGGAUUACAAGCCGGUGGUGGAUAUUCCUGGGCUACCUGAUGGUCGUGUGAAUCCUCAUCACCCGGUCUAUGUUAUCCCGUGGACUGCAGCGGCGAAGGCACAGGCUUGGUUUGGAGCCAAUCGAGCGAUGGCUAGAUGA